AACACAGGGACCACUCCAGAAGCAGCAACAAAUCAUGUCGGAGGAACCAACCGGCGUUGCGCCCGAAUCGGCUCCGAAAAAAAGGCUUCUUGAAGACGCCGACACCGAUACUAAGUCUACGUCUAACACUUCCGUUUCUGGCACUGUUGAAAAUCUGACAGACAUAAAUUUUCAUCCAGACACCAAUUCAACAGAAGCUUCAAAAGGGAAUCCGGACCAGAUACCAGUGUCGAAUGGCGAUGACCAUAAGAGAAUAAAGCUUGAGCCCAAAGUUGGAAACGAGUCUUCUAUUGUAGUAGUCCCACCCACCAAACCUCAGUUGUUCUAUAGUCCGUUGAAGACUGGAUUGGUGUAUGACGUGAGAAUGAGAUACCAUGCAAAAAUUUUCACUUCUUACUUUGAGUACAUUGACCCACAUCCCGAAGACCCGCGUCGUAUCUACCGAAUCUACAAGAAGCUUGCAGAGGCUGGCCUUAUAGUAGAUAGCUCGCUAUCAGGUGUCGAGGAUAUAGGUCCUCUUAUGGUGAAAAUCCCCAUCAGGGAAGCCACCGCUGAGGAAAUCUUGGAAGUCCAUUCUGAAAGUCAUCUCAAAUUCAUCCAGUCGACAGAGACUAUGUCUAGAGAGCGUUUAUUAGAGGAGACCGAAAAGGGUGACUCUAUUUAUGUGAAUAACGAUUCGUACUUCUCAGCUAAACUCUCAUGUGGAGGAACCAUUGAGGCUUGUAAGGCAGUUAUUGAAGGCAGAGUGAAAAACUCGUUGGCUAUUGUGAGACCUCCGGGCCAUCAUGCUGAACCAGAAACUCCAGGUGGGUUCUGUCUUUUCAGCAAUGUUGCUGUUGCAGCCAAGAACAUCCUCAAGGCAUACCCUGAGUCUGUACGCAAGAUCGUUAUUGUUGAUUGGGACAUCCACCACGGAAAUGGAACACAAAAGUCUUUCUAUGACGAUCCUAGAGUUCUCUACAUUUCCUUACAUAGAUAUGAGAAUGGUAGAUUCUACCCCGGUACCAAGUACGGAGGAGCAGAUCAGGUAGGAGAAAAGGAUGGGGAAGGGUAUAAUCUCAAUAUUCCGUGGAGAAACCCAGGAAUGCACGACGGAGACUAUAUAUAUGCAUUCAACCGGGUAGUUCUUCCUGUUAUUCUUGAAUUUGACCCUGAUCUCAUUAUCGUAAGUUCUGGAUUCGACGCUGCUGACGGCGAUAUCAUUGGUGGAUGUCAUGUGACACCUGCUGGAUAUGGCUACAUGACCCAUUUGUUGAAGGGCAUAGCUAAGGGUAAGUUGGCGGUGAUUUUAGAAGGAGGCUACAAUUUGGACUCUAUCAGCAAGAGUGCUCUAGGUGUAGCAAAAGUUCUUGUAGGAGAACCUCCAGAAGCCACAGUGUCUAUGCAGCCUCAUUUGGAGACUAUUGAAGUAAUAGAUGAAGUCGUUAAGGUUCAAUCAAGAUAUUGGAAGUCUUUGAGGUACGGGGUUCCUACAACUUCAUUUGACGAUGUCUACGACUUGAACGGCACUGGCUCUAACUACCAAUUGCUCAACAUUGGUGAGCCAAUAAGAGCCAACCAAGUCAAUGAGUUGUUCAACAAGUACUCGUUUGUCAACCUCCCCAUAAUUUCCAGUGCUACUGAAGGAGGAGAAAAGAAUGGCAUCUUCAGCACAGACUUGCCAUCGCAUUUGGACGAUAUCAUAAUAGCUAGUCCAGAUAUCUAUGAAAGCACAGUAGUAGUUCUUACGAUCCACGAUCCACCGGAGAUCUGGGCCAACAUCAACCCAAUCAACGGAAGCAUUGAGGGCAAUUCUUCUGUAAUAUUGGAACAUCCCUUGAUGCAGAUAAUGGAGAAGAUGAAGAAGGAAACAGACAAAAGCGAUUCCAAAGAAAAAAUUGGCUACAUAGAUAUCAACGUUCCGUCAUACCAGUUGCCCAUUCCCUUUGGAAAUUCAAAGCAGACUUCUACCUAUAAUCCCACAUUUUUCGCCCAGGAGCUCUUGCUUUACAUCUGGGACAACUAUUUGGCCUACUUUUCGCAGUUAAAGAAGUUAGUGUUUGUCGGCUUUGGUGAUUCGUACCAAGCUAUAGUACAUCUAUAUGGUAAACGACCAUCUCAGGAUAUCAAAGAUUUAGUUAAGGGUACGGUAGCCUUCGUGAACAGGUCGAACUUGAAGGCUUUGGUCCCAGUGAUGGAUGAGUCAAUGGUGGACUGGUACUAUCAGAACUCUGUGAUCUUCACCAGUUGUUCGAAUCCAUGUUGGGUUAAUCUGAACGGAACUACUCGUUUAGGAAAUGGUUCCACUGAAGCAAACGGAGGUGACGAUAGCAACAAGAGACCAAGGAGAAAAUUUGGCAGAGUGUUGAAGGCAUCUGUGGAUGGCUUGUACGAUAUAAUCGCCGAAAGAUUCGACGAAGGUGUUGACUUCAUCUUGGAUUCCAUCGAAGAGUACUCCAGCAGCGAGAGCAGCAACUGAGUUGCAAUAUGGCGACUUUGUAAUUGCUCUCUAAUGCUGGCAGCUUUUAGUUCUCCUUAUGUAUUAUACGAAUAGAUGAUAAAUCAUUAUCUAUUUUACAGUAGUCAUUAUGUAUUAUGCGAAUAGAUGAAUAAUUUUCAU